AUGAGAUUCGUUCCUGCUGCUGCGGUGGCACUGCCAGUGUUGGCGGCGCAUGCUGCGCCCCUUGCUGAGCCUACUUGCAAGGAUACAGAUGUCUUGAUUCUUGGAGCUGGAGUAGCCGGUCUUACCGCCGCUCAAACCCUCUUAGACAACGGCGUCAAUAAUUUCAUCGUGCUUGAAGCUAGGGAUGAAUCUGGUGGCCGGCUUUACAGUCGCAAAUUUGCUGGGCAUAUGAUUGAGGUUGGCGCCAACUGGGUUCAUGGACCUGGAGGGCCAGAAACAGGCAAUAUUAAUCCAAUUUGGACCAUGGUUGAAAGGGCGAACUUGAAUAAUGUUAAAACCAAGAACGAGGAUAGGGUCGUGUUCCCGGAAGAAAGCAGAGAUGCUUUCCAAGCUGCCAUAAAGCAAGCUGAGACCGCAGCUGGAAAUGUGUUGAUUGACGCCGUCGAUAUACUGAAAAAAAAUCACCAGGAUCGGUCCUUCCGGGCCGCUCAACGCCUUGAGCACUGGGAUCCGGCAAAGACCGAUCCAGCCGGACAGCUGGCCGACUGGUGGACCUGGGAUUGGGAGUAUGCAUCGCCGCCAGAGGAGAAUUCAGAAGUUUUCGGCGCUAUCUCCACGAUUGCUUCCUAUAAUUACUUCUCAGAGGGUGACUAUUUCGUCUGUGAUGAUGACGGAUACGUUUCUGCUUUGCGGAACAAUGUGAGCGACGUUCUCAACAAGCAUGCAGAUCGUGUUCUCUUCAAUCACAAAGUGACCGACAUCAAGCACAAUUCGGACGGGGUCACUGUGACUAGCGGCGGGGAAUGCUUCAAAGCCAAAUAUGCCAUUGUGACCUUCUCCCUGGGAGUUUUGCAGAGAGGGAAAGUAAAUUUUGACCCGAAACUUCCACUUUGGAAACGCCAGAGCAUUGCUGGCUUCGAAAUAGGCACAUACACCAAGAUUUUCCUCAAGUUCAAGAGCAGUUUCUGGGACAAAAAGCAAUUCCUUAUGUGGGCAGAUCCCCAUGUUCGCGGCAAUUACCCCGUGUUCCAGCCGUUGGAUAUUCCCGGUUUGUAUGAGAACUCUAAUAUCCUUGUGGCCACGGUGACCGGAGAGCAUUCUUACCGCGUCGAGUCUCAGACAGACGAAGAGACGAAGCAGGAGCUCCUUGAGGUGCUUAAGCACAUGUAUGGUGAUAAGGUUUCAGAAGUGGAGGAAUUUUACUAUCCGAGAUGGGCUACGGAUGAUUGGUCCUACGGAUCCUUCUCCUACUGGCCUCCAUCGACCAGUCUGCAAGAGCAUCAGAAUCUCCGCGCCAAUGUCGACAGCGUCUUCUUUGCCGGUGAAGCCACCAGCCAGGAGUUCUUUGGCUACCUGCACGGGGCCUAUUACGAGGGCAAACACGUGGCCGAAUUCCUGGCUCGCUGUAUCAGGGGGGGCCAGCAAGAGUGUAAACAAACGAAUUACGAAGUGCUGACAGGAGUCACGCCGUAUGACUUGUAUAAUCCGGAUAAUGGCUGGUAUAUCUACAAUGAAACCCUUGGCGUACCUGGCCAUAACUGA